AUGGCCGCUGCUGCUUCCGAUAGCUUCAUCCACCUGGCGAGGCCUCUGGCGCCCAAUACCGUCGGAAUCCAGACUAACCUUGCCCCGCUCACUGUCAACAUCCAGCCUCAGGCUGUCCUCUCUAUCCUCGACCACGCCGUUCGACGAGACAUCCGAGAUACCCAAUCCACCCGAGUUAUUGGCGCCCUCGUCGGCACCCGAUCUGAAGAUGGCACCGAAGUUGAGGUUCGCUCGUGCUUCGCCAUCCCCCACACCGAGGAGGAGGACCAAGUCGAGGUCGACGUCGAGUACCAGAAGAACAUGCUUGCCUUGACCCUCAAGGCCAACCGCGGCGAGUCCCUACUCGGCUGGUACACCACCUCCCACGAGCUCAACAGCUUCAGCGCCCUUAUCCAGAACUUCUUCGGCUCUCCUGACACCGGCACAUUCCCCCACCCUGCCAUUCACAUGACCAUCUCUACCGAACCCGGCGAGGAUAUCCAGUCUCGAUGCUAUAUCAGCGCCCCCGUUGCCGUCAACGCCGAGCGUGCUGCCGAAAGCUGUCUCUUCAUCCAGGUCCCCCACAAGGUUCUUUACGGUGAUGCCGACCGAAGUGCUCUCGAGGCUAUCGCCAGCGCAAAGGACUCCGAGUCUCGAACAGCCCCUCUUGUCUCUGACAUCGAGGGUCUGGGUCGAUCGAUCGAGCAGACCAUCGACCUUCUCGACCGGGCAAGCGAGUGGAUCAACGGUGUUCUGGACGAGGACGAAGAGCCUAACAACAUCAUCGGCCAACAUCUUCUCAACGCUCUCUCCCUUGCCCCCAAGGUCGACCCCGAGCAGAUCGAGCACGACUUCAACAACCACAUCCAGGACGUCCUCAUGGUCAGCUACUUGGCCAACACUAUCCGCACUCAGAUCGAUCUUUCCCAGAGACUGGCUGUUGCCAACUUGGGCGGCACCGAAAAGGAGGGUGAGAACAAGACGGAGGAUAAGGGCAACCGACAGGGCGGCAAGCGAGGUGGACGAGGUGGUGGAAGAGGUGGUGGUCAACAGCGUGAGCCCCGUGAGCCUCGCGAGCCUCGCGAGCCUAGGGAGCCCCGCGAGCCCACCGAGUAA